UUAUCAAGAUCAGAGGGCAAACCAAGAUGAACAUUAAACAAGGCAGGAGACACAUCAAUCACACGGUUUCGAAGAAAGAGCUUGUGAAAACGAGGGUUAUCAGAAUCAAACACUGCAUGCGUGAGAUUAGCAUAGAAUUCUUUGACAACUUGGCCACAGAAAGGCUGAAGAUCAGACACAGUUUUAGACAGACCAACAGACUCUAUCAAACGGAGAAUACCAAGAUCAACAAACUUACCGUCUUCCACAGGACGUUCGAACCAAAACCCAUAAGAUCCAAAACUAACAAAGCGUUCAUGAGCCGCCUCUGUAUAGAACCGAUUGGUGAAGGUGUUCUCAAGGUCAUAAGCAUC